CGAAAUUUCCCCCCAAGAUGCCGGUGACUUCCUCCCUUGAAAAAUCGGUAAAGCUUGAUGAUUUUCCCUUAUUUUCUUGUCCAAGAACCUGAUUUGGAACCCAGAAAUCUUUCCCCCCUGCAAGAGCUUCCGGAUCUACCUUGCUCUGCUUCUUCACCGCCGGCUGUUCCUUGCUUGUGAGUGCGAAUUGCCUUGAUUUUCUGGUAAGAAACAGCCAUUAAAUCAUCUUUUCUCACUUGAAUUGCCUUGGGUUUGCCUUAAUUGCUCUUAUUCCCUUCAAAUUUUGCAAGCCCCGUGAAUUGCUCCUGCACUUGCGGCCGGCUUCUCCCCCCAGCCCAGCUCGGUUUUGCUUGCUAAUUUCUGGAAUCAAAACCGAGGACGGGGAAACCGAGGGGAGUGACGAGUUAGAAGUCUAGCCAUCUUGUAAUUGAAUAUGGAUUUUAGAUGUAAAUGAUGAUAUUGCAAGCUAGAUUGUAAUUGGAGAUCGUAUAAAUUCAUUUAGUGGAUUGUUAGUUUAUAAGAGAUUUGAUCUGGAGAUUUUGAGGUUCUCAUGUCGGACAUAGAAUUAUUUUGGG